AUGCUGCGGUACCUGCUGAAGACGCUGCUGCAGAUGAACCUGUUCGCCGACUCGCUGGGGGCCGAAGGCUCCAACUCCUCGCUCCUGCUCGGCAUCAACCGCUCCAUCGCUGCACUCCACCUGCCCGAUCUCGCCCCCGGGAAUGGGUCCCACUCUCAGCUGGAGGACACGGCCCCUCGCAUCGUGGAGCACCCCACGGAUCUCCUGGUCUCCAAGGGGGAACCGGCCACGCUGAGCUGCAAGGCCGAGGGGCGCCCGGCCCCGGCAGUGGAGUGGUACAAAGACGGGGAGCGGGUGGAGACGGACCGGGAGGAUCCCCGCUCUCACCGCACCCUCCUGCCCGGCGGCUCCCUCUUCUUCCUCCGCAUCCUGCACGGGCGGCGGGGGAAGCCCGACGAGGGGGUCUAUGUCUGCGUGGCCAGGAAUUACCUGGGGGAGGCCACCAGCCGGAACGCUUCCCUGGCGGUGGCCGUGCUGCGGGACGAUUUCCGGCAGCCCCCCGGGGAUGUGGUGGUGGCGGCGGGAGAACCGGCCGUGCUGGAGUGUGUCCCGCCCCGCGGCCAUCCCGAGCCCAGCGUCUCCUGGAAGAAGAACGGAGUCCGGCUCAGCGACAAGGACGAGCACCUGACGAUCCGUGGAGGGAAGCUGAUGGUGGCCAGUACCCGCAAGAGCGACGCCGGUGUCUACGUCUGCGUGGCCACCAACGUGGUGGGGGAGAGGGACAGCGAGCCGGCCGAGCUGGUGGUCUUUGAGCGCCCGGCGUUUGGCAAGAGGCCCCUGAACCAGGCAGUGCUGGUGGAGGGGACAGCAGAGUUCGCCUGCGAGGCCGUGGGGGAUCCCCAGCCAGCGGCGCGGUGGCACAAGGAGGAGGGCGAGAUGCCACUGGGAAGGUGGGAGGUGCUGCCGGACAACACCCUGCGGAUCAGCCGGCUGCGAGCAGAGGACGAGGGCACCUACACCUGUGUGGCCGAUAACAGCGUGGGCAGGUCGGAGGCAUCCGGCACCCUCACCGUGCAUGUGCCCCCCCAGCUCGUCACUGGGCCCCGCGACCAGGCUGUCACCCCUGGCCAGAGCGUGACCUUCCAGUGCCAGAGUAAGGGCAACCCACCGCCUGCUGUCUUCUGGCAGAAGGAGGGGAGCCAGACCCUGCUGUUCCCGGGCCAGCCCCCGCUCCCCUCCAGCCGUGUUUGGGUGAGCCCUGGAGGUGCCAUGACCAUCGCCAAUGUCCAGCCCGGUGACACCGGCCACUACCUGUGCCAGGCCAUCAGUGUGGCUGGCAGCGUCCUGGCCAGGGCACGCCUGGACGUGAUGGGGGCACCCACCGAGCUCCACCCGCCAGUGGUCAGCCCCGUUCCCGCUAACCGGACGGUGCUGCCGGUGGGGGCCACGGCACGGCUGCCUUGUGGGGUGUGGGGCGGUGACCCCCCGGGCAGCGUGGGGUGGCUGAAGGACGGCAGUGCCCUGGUGGGUGCCCAGUCCCGCGCCAGCCUGCUGGAGAACGGCACCCUGCAGAUCACCGGCCUCCGGGUGAGAGACUCUGGGCUCUAUGAGUGCGUGGCCACCAGCCCAGCGGGCGAGACACGCUGGGGCAGCUCCCUGGAGGUGCAAGGUGAUGAAUCUGACCUCUUCCCACCUUCCCCUGUGCCUGGAGUCCUCCCCGGGCCACCCUCCACCCCUGUGGUCACCAACAUCACCAAAAGCAGUGUCACCCUGAGCUGGAAAGCGAACAAGGACAGCGAUGCCACCCAUGUCACCUCUUACAUAGUGGAGGCUUUCAGCCAGGCAGUGGGUGGCCCGUGGCGGACGGUGGCAGCUGAUGUGGAGGGUGAGACCCACACGGUGAGCGGCCUCGUCCCUGACACCGUCUACCUGUUCCUGGUGCGGGCGGUCAACGCCUACGGGCUCAGUGACCCCAGCGGCAUCUCAGAGCCUGUGCACACCCAAGAUGCCAGCCCCACGGAGCAAGGGCUGGACCCCGAGCAGGUGCAGCGGGAGCUGGCCCAAGUGGCUGUGCACCUGCAGGAGCCCGUGGUGCUGCCGCUGGGCGCCGUCCGCCUCUCCUGGACCGUGGAGCGCCCAGCGCCCUUCCUUCAGGGCUACCGCGUGCUGUACCGGCGGCGUGGUGGCCGCUGGGAGGAGGCGCGGGCGGUGCGGGCGCCGGAGGAGCGGGAGGCCCUGCUCACCGAGCUGCGCCGGGGCCAGGACUACGAGGUCAAGGUCCGACCCUAUUUCCGUCAGCUCCAUGGUCCGGACAGCGCCGUGCGCACUCUGCGCACCCCAGAGGCGGCCCCCAGCGCCCCCCCGCGAGCUGUCAGUGUGGCUGGGAACGGCACCAGUGUCCGCAUCUCGUGGCAGCCACCGCCACUGGCCGAGCAGAACGGCGUCAUCCGGGAUUACCGGAUUUGGUGCCUGGGCAAUGAGAGCCGCUACCAUAUCAACCAGAGCGUGGAGGGGACGGUGCUGGCGACAGUGCUGCGGGGACUGGUCCCCGGGGUCCCUUACCACGCCGAAGUUGCCGCCGCCACUGCCGCCGGUGUGGGCGCUCGCAGCGCCCCUGUCCCCAUCCGCGUCGGUGAGUCUCCUCGGGAUGCGGAGCCAGCAGGCGGGAGCAGCGUGGCCGAGCGUUUGGCUGAGGUGGCCCGGCAGCCAGCCUUCAUCGCCGGCGUCGGCAGCGCUUGCUGGGUCGUUCUCGCCGCCUUCGCCGCUUGGGUCUACAGCCGCCGCCGCAGGAAGAAGGAGCUCAGCCACUUCACCGCCUCCUUUGCCUACACACCCACCGUCGCCUUCCCGGCUCCAGCGCGCGGCAGCCCCAGGGCAGCCGUCGGCAGUGGUUACCCGUGGCUGGCGGACGCGUGGCACGGUGGCGGCACAGCCAGUGCUGCCGGUUGCUUGGGCACCGCUGAGAGAUACUACAAUGACGCCGGCAUCACCCGUUACAUCGCCCAGACGGAGCAGUUUGGGGCGGGGGCCGGCGAGGGGCCGGUUUACAGCACCAUCGAGGCGGACAGUGAGGAUCUCUGCACCUUCCCCCGUCCCUUCUCGCAGUAUGGGACCCCCUAUCCCGGGGUGGGUCCUCAGCCGAUGGAUGCUGCAGCCGCCCAGGCACCCCGAGGAUGGGCUGAGCACGGUAGGGUGGUGGGAUGGGUGGGGGGACACAGGGGGGCUGGGGGUGCGGUGCCCUCCCCACAGCCCCCCCAGCAUCCCACCUUGCCGCAGGGGCCAAAGCAGCUGGGGCAAGCGGUGAAACUGCCAACGGUGAGUUGGACGGAGCUGCUGCCCCCUCCACCUUCAGCCAGCGAGCUUAGCCAGUGCACCCAGGAGAAGGAGGAGGAGGAAGAAGAGGAUGAAGAGGAAGAGGCAACCGGAGGGUCGGGGAUGGAGGUGUGGUACCCCGGUGAGGACAUCCCCUGUGCCACUGCUGCAUCCUCGCCCACCACCUCCUCCGGCUGCCGGUCCACCACCACCCUGACGCCAUCGCCCCGCGCCACCGAGGACAUUCCCCGCCUCCAUGACUUCGACAGCUCCCGCCUGCCCCGGAGACCCCCCCACAGCACCGGCACCCCCCCACAGGCACCCAGUCCCCCAGUGACUCCGGAUGCCAGCGAGGGCCACCCACCCCGAGCCCGCUGCCCCCCCGGCACAGGGAAACACCGCGGGGCGGCCCCUAAAAGUCGCCUGAAGCCCAAAUGCAGCCGCUACUGCCGGGAAAAGCAGACGGGAGACCUGCCGCCGCCGCCUCUGCCGCCGCCGGGAGAGACCCCCGGCCCCUCUCCGGAGCGGGAACCCAGCGGGGCCGAGCGCAGGGUCGCCCAUCGCCCGGCCCGCGGCGACGAGCUCGUCCCUUACAGCAAGCCCUCCUGCCUGCCCCGCGGGCAGGUGUCUGGCAGCUGCUCCACCACAGGCAGCGUCUCGUCCCGCGGCUCCGCCAGCUCCCGGGACCACGGCUCGGGGCGCAGCCGGAUCCCGGCGGAGCGCGGCGAAGGGAGCGGCCAUCGCCGCCGCCCGGGGGCCGCAUUGCCCGGCCCGUCGCAGGAGAAGCGAUAAAGUGGAGGGCAAGCCGGUGACAGGGUUGGGGACA